GGGUAGAGCUGUCUCGUAUUUCAACACCGUCCCAACCUCCAAACUUCCAGCCGUCCGACUGUUUGAGAGAGAGCCGUAGCCGAGAGGACUCCUAUAAUCCCAACGGCAACUGUCUCGACGAGUUCACUGCAAUUUUGAACCAUUGUCAUCUUUUGUCGUAAUCUCACUAGUACUCCGUACACUUCAUCUCAUUCCCCGACGAAACACAAUUACCACCCACCCAGCAACGCAAACACGCAAGCUACUGUAAAUAUGGAUAACUUACACCCACAAGACGAAGUCUUGCGUCAUUCCCUCGAAGACCCAGAAUCCUUCUGGGCUCACCAGGCCGAACACCUGUACUGGCACAAGAAGCCCUCUUCAACACUGAAAGUCACCAAGAAGACGCUCAAGAGCGGCGUCACCCACGACUCUUGGGAGUGGUUCCCGGACGGUGAGAUUUCGACCUGUUUCAACUGCGUAGACCGCCACAUUCACGAUGGCAGGGGUGACGCUCCGGCGAUAUACUACGACAGUCCCGUCACAAAUACCAAGCAGACCCUCACGUACAAGCAGCUGCUCGACGAGGUCGAGGUCUUUGCCGGGGCGCUGAGGGAAGAGGGAGUGAAAAAGGGCGACGUCGUUUUGCUUUAUAUGCCCAUGAUCCCCGCGGCAUUAAUAGGCAUACUCGCCGUCAGUCGCCUAGGUGCAAUUCACGCCGUUGUGUUUGGCGGAUUUGCACCGGCCGCCCUCGCCCAGCGGAUAGAGGCCUCUCAGCCCGUGGCCAUCUUGACGGCGUCGUGUGGCAUCGACGGUAACAAGCCGGCAAUGAGCUAUAAACCGCUCGUCGAGGAGGCCUGCCAAAUUUCCAAGCAUAAGCCCGAAAAGGUGGUCGUAUGGCAGCGCGAGCAGAUCCGGUGGAAUCCCAUCAAGAGGAACGACGGCGAGAGGAAUUGGCAGAGCAUCGUGAAGAGCUGUCGUGCGAGGGGCAUCAGGGCUGAGUGCGUGCCCGUUAAGUCAACGGAUCCGAUCUACAUCAUCCACACGUCUGGUACGACGGGAUCACCGAAGGGCGUGUUGAGGGAUGCUGCUGGGCACGCUGUGGGGCUGCAUCUUUCCAUCAGUUACCUGUUCAACAUUCACGGUCCGGGAUGUGUUUCGUUCACAGCGUCAGAUAUUGGAUGGGUCGUAGGGCACAGUUACAUCGUAUAUGCCCCCCUUUUCACGGGCGCCGCCACCGUCCUCUACGAAGGCAAACCUGUCGGCACACCAGACGCUUCAGCCUUUUGGCGCAUCGUGGAAGAGUACAAGGUCAACACCAUGUUCACGGCACCGACGGCGCUCCGCGCCAUCAAGCGCGACGACCCCGAAAACAAGCUCUUCAAGCAGAUUGGAGAGCGCGGCGGCCUCCGGGCGCUCAAGGGACUCUUCUUGGCGGGUGAGCGGUCCGAACCGGCAAUCAUCACCAUGUACCAGGAGCUUCUCGAAACCUACGGCGCAGUCGAUGCCCACGUCGUGGACAACUGGUGGUCGACGGAAGCCGGGUCGCCCAUCACAGGACGGGCUCUCGUGCCUCAUGCCGGGAAAGACCGGGGUACGGAUGUUCGUGGUCAUCCUCCUCCCAAUAUCAAGCCGGGCAGCGCCGGAAAGGCCAUGCCUGGCUUCGAUGUCCGCAUCGUAGACGAUAACGGCAAGGAACUUCCGAGGGGCACCAUGGGAAACAUCGUCCUCGGGUUGCCACUUGCCCCGACGGCUUUUAGAACACUGUGGCAAGAUGAAGAGCGGUUUUACAAAGGCUAUCUCAAGCGUUUCGACGGGAAGUGGCUGGAUACGGGGGAUGCGGGCUACAUUGACGUCGAGGGCUACGUCAACGUCAUGUCCCGCAACGACGACGUACUCAACGUCAGCGCCCAUCGUCUGUCAAGUGGCGGCCUCGAACAAGCCAUCACAUCCCACCCCCUCGUCGCAGAAGCCUGCGUGGUGGGCAUCCCAGAUGCGCUCAAGGGCCAGCUCCCCUUCGCCUUCAUCACGCUCUCGACUCCCGAGCACCCGACCUCUGCGGUGCCCGACGCGAAGCUCGCCGACGAGAUCAACGCGCUCGUGCGGUCGCAGGUCGGCGCCAUCGCCACGCUGGGCGGGCUCAUACAGGGCAAGGGGAUGAUUCCCAAGACGCGCAGUGGUAAGACGCUGCGACGCGUCCUGAGAGAGCUGUUGGAGAACGCGGUGCACCAGGAGUUUGAAAAGGAGGUGCAGGUGCCGAGUACGGUCGAGGACGCGGGCGCGGUGGAUGUUGCGAGGGAGAAGGUGAGGGAGUAUUGGGAGGUGAGGGGGGAUGGGCAUAAGAGUACGGAGGCUAGAGCGAAGUUGUAGAUGUUUGGAUUUAUAACGCAUGAUGGAAGAGCCUAAUCUACACGUACCUUUGUCAAUUCAUGCGCUCUCUGGAGUUGAUUAUCACACAUCUAGACAUGCUACACAUCACAUGCUAUUAUACACUGAUGAAGGGUAAUUACGUACAGAGAUAUCCGCAAAGUGCGAGUUUUUCUACGCACGUAUGUGUCGAGAAAAGAAAUAAACAGCAAAUAAAUGC